AUGUGCUACUACCUGUUCGCUUACACCGAGUACCGCUGCGGCCAUCAACUCCUUGAUCGCCGCCACAUGAUAGACUGCAAUCGCGUGACAUGUCGGAGGAGCAGGCUCCACAAUGCGGAUGCGCACGACUGCGCGAACGAGUGUACGGAGAGAUUGACGCUCCCUAACCAGUCACUUGUCAUGCAUCAACACCCGGAACAAUGCAGCAACUGUCUAGGCACGGCUGGAGCUACGGCCAAUGGCGCCAAUCAUUACGGCUCUGGUGACGGCGAGUCUGAUUCAGGCGAGGAAGAGGAAGAGGAAGAGGAGUAG